AUGGCGCAAUUGCCUUCUUAUAAAGAUCGUAACUUCAUAGCUAUUAUUGGUGAUGAGGAUUCGGUGACAGGCCUUUUGUUGGCCGGCAUAGGUCAUGUCAACGGUCCAAAAAAGAAUUUUCUCGUCGUUGAUAAUAAAACCCCUAUAUCAAAGAUAGAAAACACUUUUGUCGAAUUUACCAGCAGAAAAGACAUUGCGAUCGUUCUUAUCAAUCAACAUGUCGCCGAUGACAUUCGUCAUCUUGUAGAUGAUCAUGAUCAAGCUUUUCCAACAGUACUCGAAAUUCCAUCUAAAGAUCAUCCUUACGGUAUCAUCAUAAGAUUUAUUUAUAUCUUUUUAUUCGUAUGA